UGUUUCUAUUACUUUCUGGGCUUUUGUUGAGACUUCAACCCCUUGAUGUAAUCUGGCGGACAUUCGGUCUCGUCUAUUACCGCUUCCUUCCCCUUGACAUUCCUCCCAAAACUCCGCCACCGUUUCCAACCCCCACACUAUCAAGCUUCUUCUCCUCUUGAGUCUUGUCCCAGGUCUCUUUUUCCCCUAUUUUUAACUUACCACAAAUAAUUUUAGGUAAAUUCUAAUCAUCUCCUAGUCCUUGAGGAAGGGAAGGGAAGGGAAGGGGCUUGUGUUUGUGAAACUUGGAUUUGCUUGUAGUUGGCAUGGGCAUCACUAUGAACCUCCUGGGAUCAUGCCUCGUAAAGUAAAUUAUGGAGUCGAUUAUGAUGAAGUCUAUGGUGACUACGAAGAUUAUUUUGAUGACUCAGAUAUAGAAAGUGAUGCAGGAGAAGUACCUGAGGUAGAGCAAGAUCUUAUCAAGCCUGGGACUUGGCGUUGCUCUAUUUGCACUUAUGAUAACGAUGAAAGCAUGCCCUUCUGUGAUAUAUGUGAGGUUUUCAGGGAGCCUUCCAGCAUUUGUAACAAUGGCAAUAAUAGAACAGUUCACAACAUGUGUGAAGAGUCUGGAGCAUCCAUUAUGGCCAAGUCUCUUUUUGCUUCGUUGCCUCAUCAGAAGCAGAACAUGGCCAUAACCUUUCAGCGACAGAAUGAUGAUUUUAUGAGGAAAGAGACAAAUAACUUCUGCAGGAUUGAGAAUACCCAAGGAGAAUUUUAUGAUUUUCAUAAUGCUUUUAAGCCUCCAAAUUGCAGUUACCCUGUCAUUAUAGGUCUACCUCCUUUCAAGUUUGACUGCCCAUCUCCAGAUGAUUUGGUGUCUCGUGGAAAACAAUCUUCCAAGGCAGUUUCAAAAGGUGCUCUCGUAAGCAUCACUGAGAAAAAUGGAUCAGUUAGAACUGUACCAAUCACUGGAAGACAAGAGUAUUCAUCCCCAUUGGCAAGUGGUAGACAACUUCCUGCUAAUGAAACCACGCGCACUUCUAGUGAGGAUAACUUACACAGUCUAACCAACAGUUUAAGCAUGAAUUUAGAAGUAAACUCUGAAAGAUCAAGGAAUGUAACUACCAGAAGAGCCGCUUCACCUGCCCAAUACAAGCCUGAGGCAUGGAUGCUUUCUGAUAAUGAAGAAGGUUCAAAGAAUCAACUAAAUCUAGCUAUUGUUGGCCACGUUGAUUCUGGAAAAUCAACACUAUCAGGGAAACUGCUACAUCUUGUGGGACGAAUAUCCCAGAAAGAAAUGCACAAAUAUGAGAAAGAGGCCAAGUUGAAGGGAAAAGGAUCUUUUGCUUAUGCAUGGGUGCUGGAUGAAAGUGCUGAAGAAAGGGAAAGGGGUAUAACAAUGACAGUGGCUGUUGCUUAUUUUGACUCCAAGAAAUAUCAUGUUGUUGUGCUUGAUUCACCAGGCCAUAAAGAUUUUGUCCCAAAUAUGAUAUCGGGUGCUACACAAGCAGAUGCUGCGAUUCUUGUUAUAGAUGCUUCGACUGGUGCAUUUGAGGCAGGUAUGGACAGUAAUGGUGGGCAAACAAAGGAACAUGCACAACUCAUCAGAAGUUUUGGCGUUGAUCAAAUUAUUGUUGCUGUUAAUAAAAUGGAUGCUGUGGAAUACUCCAAGGAGCGGUUUGAAUUAAUAAAACAGCAACUAGGAAUGUUUCUCCGUUCUUGUGGUUUCAAGGACUCCUCCAUGUUGUGGAUCCCCUUGAGCACCAUAGAAAAUCAGAAUUUAGUGGCAGCUGCAUCUGAUGGUCGUUUGUCAUCUUGGUAUCGGGGGCCGUAUCUGUUGGAUGCAAUAGAUUCUCUCCAUCCUCCUGUUAGGGACGUCUCAAAGCCACUGCUUCUGCCCAUAUGUGAUGUCAUUAAAUCCCACUCACUAGGGCAGGUGGCUGUCAGUGGUAAAUUGGAGGCUGGAGCCCUUCGAAGUGGUUUGAAGGUUCUAGUCAUGCCAUCGGGUGAGUUAGCGACCGUGCGUUCUCUAGAACGUGAUUCUCAAUCUUGCACAGCAGCAAGAGCUGGAGACAAUGUUGCUGUCAGUCUGCAAGGCAUUGAUGGAGGCAAUGUGAUGGCUGGUGGGGUACUGUGUCACCCAGAUUUCCCUGUGGCAGUUGCGACCCAUUUAGAGCUGAAGGUCCUUACAUUGGAGGCUGCUAUGCCCAUCCUUAUAGGUUCCCAGGUGGAGUUUCACGUACAUCAUGCAAAAAAGGCUGCAAGAGUUGUAAGGAUAUUGUCAUUGCUUGAUCAGAAGACUGGCAAGGUCACAAAACGGGCACCCCGUUGUCUUACAGCUAAGCAGAGUGCAGUAAUAGAGGUGGUUCUGGGAGAAGCAGUUUGUAUAAGAGAGUUCUCCGAUUGUCGAGCUCUUGGUAGGGUUUUCCUACGAGCUUCAGGAAGAACUAUUGCUGUAGGUAUUGUUACCCGAAUAAUAGAGUAAUUGGUUGUUGGGUGGACCACAUGCCGUACCUCUAUGAAUGAACAUGAAGUCCAGAAAUGGUUGAGAUGUAGCUUCACAAGUGUUUUUUGUGACCUCUUUGUAUCAGAUGUGCUAGAGAAGCAAAAUGUAAUCUAAAAAAGGAACAAGGUUGUGCCCAAUCAUCUAGUGAUGAUACAUUCAUAAACCAUGAUUGAUCAAUAAAGAUGUUGGGUAAACAGUCUCUGAAUCA